CUUAGCUCAGCAGGAAGUCCGCUGUUGAUGAUGGCUCUGUUGCCGAAGGGCCUGUAGCUGGGGUCGCUGGCCGGGUCCUGGUCGGCCCUUUCCUUGGCCUGGUUCUGGCCCGCGCCGAGCCCGGCCCAACUCACUCCGGGUGAGACUGCCGCGACGAUUCUCUGCUCGCCGCCAUGCACGACGCCUUCGAGCCGGUGCCGAUCUUAGAAAAGCUGCCUCUGCAGAUCGACUGUCUGGCUGCCUGGGGUGAGCCGAGGGGCCGAGGGUCCGAGGGGCCGAGGCCAGAGGAAUGGCUUCUCGUUGGAACCAAACAAGGACAUCUUCUUCUCUAUAGGAUUCGGAAGGAUGUUGUGCCAGCAGAUGUAGCAUCACCUGAAAGUGGCCGUUGCAACAGGUUUGAAGUGACACUAGAGAAAUCCAAUAAGAACUUCUCCAAAAAGAUUCAGCAGAUCCAUGUGGUUUCCCAGUUUAAGAUUCUGGUCAGCUUGUUAGAAAAUAAUAUUUAUGUCCAUGACCUAUUGACAUUUCAACAAAUCACUACGGUUUCAAAGGCAAAAGGAGCAUCACUGUUCACAUGUGACCUCCAGCACACAGAGACUGGUGAGGAGGUGUUGCGGAUGUGUGUAGCUGUGAAAAAGAAGCUGCAGCUCUAUUUCUGGAGGGACAGGGAAUUUCAUGAAUUGCAGGGGGACUUUAGUGUACCAGAUGUGCCCAAGUCCAUGGCAUGGUGUGAAAAUUCUAUCUGUGUGGGUUUCAAGAGAGACUACUACCUAAUAAGGGUGGAUGGAAAGGGGUCCAUCAAAGAGCUCUUCCCAACAGGAAAACAGCUGGAACCCUUAGUUGCACCUCUGGCAGAUGGAAAAGUGGCUGUGGGUCAGGAUGAUCUCACCGUGGUGCUCAAUGAGGAGGGGAUCUGCACACAGAAAUGUGCUCUCAACUGGACAGACAUACCGGUGGCCAUGGAGCACCAGCCUCCCUACAUCAUUGCAGUGUUGCCUCGAUAUGUGGAGAUCAGAACAUUUGAGCCGAGGCUCCUGGUCCAGAGCAUUGAAUUGCAAAGGCCCCGUUUCAUUACCUCGGGAGGAUCAAACAUUAUCUAUGUGGCCAGCAAUCAUUUUGUCUGGAGACUCAUUCCUGUCCCUAUGGCAACCCAAAUCCAACAGCUUCUCCAGGACAAGCAGUUUGAAUUGGCUCUACAGCUCGCAGAAAUGAAAGAUGAUUCUGACAGUGAAAAGCAGCAACAGAUCCAUCAUAUCAAGAACUUGUAUGCCUUCAACCUCUUCUGCCAGAAGCGUUUUGAUGAGUCCAUGCAGGUCUUUGCUAAGCUUGGCACAGAUCCUACCCAUGUGAUGGGCCUGUACCCGGACCUGCUGCCCACAGACUAUAGGAAGCAGCUGCAGUACCCUAACCCGCUGCCGGUGCUCUCUGGGGCUGAGCUGGAGAAGGCUCACUUAGCUCUGAUUGACUACCUGACACAGAAACGAAGCCAACUGGUAAAGAAGCUGAAUGACUCUGAUCACCAGUCGAGUACCUCCCCGCUCAUGGAGGGCACUCCCACCAUCAAAUCCAAGAAGAAGUUGUUACAAAUCAUCGACACCACCCUGCUCAAGUGCUACCUCCAUACGAACGUGGCCCUGGUGGCCCCCUUACUGCGCCUGGAGAACAAUCACUGCCACAUCGAAGAGAGCGAGCACGUGCUGAAGAAGGCCCACAAGUACAGUGAACUGAUAAUCCUGUACGAGAAGAAGGGGCUCCACGAGAAAGCUCUGCAGGUGCUGGUGGACCAGUCCAAGAAAGCGAACUCCCCUCUGAAAGGCCAUGAGAGGACCGUGCAGUACCUGCAACACCUGGGCACCGAAAACCUGCAUUUGAUUUUUUCCUACUCAGUGUGGGUGCUGAGAGACUUCCCAGAGGAUGGCCUAAAGAUAUUUACGGAAGACCUCCCGGAGGUGGAGUCUCUGCCACGAGACCGAGUGCUCGGCUUCCUAGUAGAGAACUUUAAGGGUCUGGCUAUUCCUUAUCUGGAACAUGUCAUCCACGUUUGGGAGGAGACAGGCUCUCGGUUCCACAACUGCCUGAUCCAGCUGUACUGUGAGAAGGUGCAAGGUCUGAUGAAGGAGUAUCUCCUGUCCUUCCCGGCAGGCAAAACUCCAGUCCCUGCUGGAGAGGAAGAGGGUGAGCUGGGAGAAUACCGACGGAAGCUUCUUGUGUUCUUGGAAAUUUCCAGCUACUAUGAUCCAGGCCGGCUCAUCUGUGACUUUCCUUUUGAUGGCCUCUUGGAAGAACGUGCUCUCCUGCUGGGCCGCAUGGGGAAACACGAGCAAGCUCUCUUCAUCUACGUCCACGUCCUGAAGGAUACAAGGAUGGCUGAGGAAUACUGCCACAAGCAUUAUGACCAAAACAAAGACGGCAACAAAGAUGUGUAUCUGUCCUUGCUGCGGAUGUACCUGUCGCCACCCAGCGUACACUGCCUGGGGCCAAUCAAGCUGGAACUGCAGGAGCCACAGGCCAACCUCCAGGCUGCCCUUCAGGUCCUCGAGCUGCACCAUAGCAAACUGGACACCACCAAGGCCAUCAACCUUCUGCCAGCAAACACUCAGAUUAACGAUAUACGCAUCUUUCUGGAAAAGGUCUUGGAAGAAAAUGCACAAAAGAAACGGUUCAAUCAAGUGCUCAAGAACCUUCUCCAUGCAGAAUUCCUGAGGGUCCAGGAAGAGCGGAUUUUACACCAGCAGGUGAAGUGCAUCAUCACGGAGGAGAAGGUGUGCAUGGUGUGUAAGAAGAAGAUUGGGAACAGUGCAUUUGCAAGAUACCCCAACGGAGUGGUCGUGCACUACUUCUGUUCCAAAGAGGUAAACCCGGCUGACACCUGAGCCCAGCCUGCCAAGGCUUCUGCAGAUGGACGGCUCGGCUAUCCCAGAGAGGGGACGGAGCACCAGCCUUAGGAAUCGGGGGCUGCUGACACACCAGGUGUCUCCCCAUUUGGACACUGUUGGCCACCUUGUGCCCUGGAACAUCUCUGAAUUAAUCAGACUCGUGGUCUGGUGUUGCCAGCUUUUUAAUAGAAAAAGAGAUUAGUUAUACCUUCUAUACCAUUACGUUGCAGGCCAUUCCAGAGAAUUUCAUACCUGCGUGGACAGGAGGAGAUGGGGAAGGGCGCCGUCUUGCUGUGCAUACCAGUCACCUAAAUAAGGAAACUGUCUCAAGUGUUUGUAACCCCAGGGCUGUUUCUGCAGCGAUUUCUGUUAAGGAACCUGCAGGACUUUGCAGAGCCCUCAGCACAGCUGAGUCCUGUGCGAGGAGGGCAGGGUGGAGCGCCUCUGCUGCAGAGGCCUCACUCCCUUGGGAAUGAUGGUCAUUGCUCCAUAGUCACUGUCCCUGUGUCCCCCCAGGAGUCUCCCUAGGAGUCUCUUUAUAUUCAGUCUCUUCUUUCUCACUAUUUAUUUUCUUCCCUUAUCUUCCCUUACUGCUUCCCCCAGGCUUUCGCUCCCAUUUUCCUGACACUGAGACUAAUAUCUUAUACAAAGUAGAGUGAGAAGCAAGAGGAAGUGUGUUCUAAGAGUACGUUGGUAAUUGGGGGUCAGGUAUGUUGUAAAUAGGUCCUCCUUGGACUGUACGCUCUAUGCCUGGGAGUUCAGGAGAGUGACCUUCUCCGUCCCCUCAGGGCCAAGUGUGGGGUAGCUCUGAGGAGGGACCGCAGUGGGUGUGUGACUUCUUGGGCCGACUCCGCAGAGGCUCCUGCUUUGGUUCACCCAGCAGCCACCCAGGGCAGGUUGGUUUAGUCUCUGUGAGCCGCGGGCUUCCUGCUUUGACACCUUUCCCUUUCCAGCCAUGUCACCCACUGCCUUCCAGCGCAGCCUGGCCGUCCUUCUCCAGCCUUGCUCGGCAGGGGUUGGAGGGUUGCGCUGGGUGGAUGUCUGCUGCACACAGGGGACGAUCAGACCAGGAGCUGACAGUGACGUGAUGGCUGGCAUGCUUGUGAGGUGCUUGGGGAUAGUGGAGGUGCUGCAGGAGCAGGAGCAGCAGCGUGUGGGUUGAUGACAACUCACCGCCAAAUCCGUCAAGCUCUUGUGUGUUGGGGGAGGUCCUGCUUCCCACAGGGCACCCUAGAGGUGCACAGGAGUGUCUGGCCCUGCAGGCUCAGGACACACAGGGAGAGUGGCCCUGCAUCCUGUCCUCCGUGGGGUUUGGCAGACUCACAGUCCUGUUGUCUCAGUGUCUUUAACAAGUAGUGAGGGUGGGUGAUGGUGCCGAAUACUGACACUGUUUGAGUGGCUUGUCCUUGACAUGCCAUGCUCCUGUUUAAACUGUAGCACCAUGCUAUGCGGGGCCUGUGUCGUAGACCGACUUGCUGGUGGUGUAGACUAGGCUGCUCCCAGGCACGCUCACCGUGGAGGGUCUUGGAGUGCCGUCAGCAUUGCUCACCAAGCCAGGGGACGCUGCUCAGGUUUGGAGGCCAAGGAGUCCUUCACAAGAACCAUGUCCCAACUGGCUGCACCAGCCCACAAGAAGCAGUGCCGCCCUGUGAGGGUCCCGUUUGCGCUUUGGGAGCAGCAGGAAGAUGGUCAGACCAGCCCUCUACUGUCCAGCAGAAAACUCACCCUACCGCGCGAGCCCUCCUCCCUGGCCUGCUGUGUUUGUGGUUUCCAUUCACACUACCUUGUGGCACAUGUGUUUGAAGCAAUAGGAUAAAGAAUGUGUGUGUUCUUCCUUCUGGAAUACAUAAAC